CUUUGUUAGUAAUAUCACGUAGUUGUCUUCUUCAGAUGUCUAGCUGGCUGGCUUUAGUUCGGCCGCAUCAUGUAGUAAUAAUAUAAGUAAGUACAUGAUGUCUAGCACACACGUUUUACCAGAGUAGGAGAGAGAGAGAGUGAGAGAGAAACAGAGAGAAGAUAUAUAGAGAGAGGGGGAGGGAGAAAGAGAAAGCGAACUAGUGAGCAGGAGCGCGUACAUAAAUUUAUAAUAUAAUAUAUAUAUACAUAUAUAGUGAAGUCCUGAGAGGAGGGACGGACACUUUGGCUGAGUAGACUGUUAAGUGUGGAGGUGAAGAAAACCAGCCAGCAACCAUGGUGUUCGAAUCGUUUGUUGUUGAGUUAAUGAACAAAUUUCUCGGCGAUUAUGUCGAAAAUCUGGAUAGAUCGCAGUUACAACUUGGAAUAUGGGGCGGUGAUGCUGUUUUAAAGAACUUGGAUCUCAAAGAAAGUGCUUUGGAUGAUCUUGAUUUACCAGUGAAGGUAAAAGUUGGACAUAUUGCUAAACUAACAUUAAAAAUACCUUGGAAGAACUUAUAUGAAGAACCAGUUGUAGCAGAAUUAGAUGGCAUCUAUGCUUUGGCUUUACCAAACAUUGCCAUCAAAUAUGACGAGAAAAAGGAAGAGGCUUUCCUGCAAGAUCAGAAACAGAAAAAACUCAAAGCUGUCGAAGAAGCAAAGAAAUUGGAAGCAGAAAAAGACAAUCCCAAAGAAGAGAAGCAAGAUUCUUUUGUUGAAAAAUUGGCAGCUAGAAUUAUAAAAAAUCUCCAAGUUCAAAUUAGCAAUAUCCAUGUACGUUAUGAAGACAAAUAUACCAAUCCAGCUCAUCCAUUUGCUAUUGGAUUUACUCUUGAAGAUCUAAUCUUUCAGACCACAGAUAAAGAUUGGAAUCCAUGUGUUAUAAAAGAAGCAGUCACACAAAUUUAUAAGCUUAUACGGCUUGAUUCCCUCUCUUUAUACUGGAAUAGCAGGACUGAGUUAUACGACACAUUGCCUCGAGAAAAUUCCCUGAAACUGUUGAAAGAAAAUAUUGCUAGUUCAAAAACUACAACAGACUAUACAUACAUGAUCAAGCCUAUAUGUUCUGUAGCGCACCUGAGAUUACACACAAAACCAGAAGAAGACUACUUCCAGAUACCCAAAAUCUUUCUCACUGUAAUAUUUGAUAAUAUUGUGCUCUCUUUAUCUAAACAUCAGUAUGAUGAUAUCCUGGAACUCCUGGAAUCAUUCGAACGAAUGUCAAUUUCUGCGUUGUAUCGCAAAUAUCGACCAGAUGUUCCCCUGCAGUCUAAUUACUCCAGAUGGUGGAGAUAUGCUUAUGAAUGCAUUUUGGAGGAAACUGUUCGACGUCGAAGAAAGAUGUUUUCCUGGACUCACAUAAUAAAUCACAGAACUAUAAUGAAACAAUACAAGGAAGCUUACGUUAAGAAACUCUCUCAGAAAUCAGUUGCAUCAAGCGUUUCAAAAACUAUUGAGGAAUCAGAAAAAUAUCUGGAUAUCUUUUGUAUCCUUCUGAUGAGACAAAAAGCAGAAGUAGAGGCUGCCAAACUAGAAAUUGUCAAAGCCAACCAGAAGAGUAAAGGGUGGUUUGGAGGCUGGUUUAGCUCUGAAGCAUCAAGUCCACAAAGACAUGAGAGCAAAGGAAUACAGGAUCAGUUCUAUGAAUUGUACACACCUGAAGAAAAGGCCCGUCUCUACAAUGCCAUUGGUUAUGAAGAAAAUGUGAAUGAAGGCAUUUUCCCAAAAGAGUACAUUGCUGUCCAAUUGGUCACCAAGUUGAACUGUCUAGCUGUUGUUAUCAAAGAUGAUGACAAAAAUCACUUUGAUAUUAUGAAGCUGCAGCUGAAUGAAGUGUUUUCGUCUGUAUCCCAGAGGCCAUCUGCUAAUGCCAUUUUAGUCAAUACUUCUAUGAAGCAACUGACGAUAUUUGGGUCACCACAAAACAAACUCGUCCCAAAAAUGAUGAACUCAAAGAUGACUGAAGGUGAUUCAUCUCCUCUGUUGUCCGUCAAAUUUGAAACCAAUCCUCUUGAUGGUAGCUGUGAUACUAGAGUUAGUGUGAAUGCUGAGCCUCUACAGAUAAUCUAUGAUGCUGUAACUGUCAAUGCCUUGGCUGUAUUUUUCAAACCACCCGAAUCAGUCUAUUUGAAACAGUUGUCACAAGCAGCAAUGGCUAAAUUUAAUGAGGUGAAACAGCUAUCUACCACUGGACUAAAACAUGCAAUUGAGCAACACAAAUUCACUGAUAUUUGUGUUUAUUUGAAGUCUUCUUAUGUAAUCGUUCCUGAAAGUGGCUUCAAUCGCAAAAAUGCUCGUCGACUUAUCCUAGACCUUGGUAACUUGAAAGUAAACAGUGAAAAGAACACCUCAGAUAUCAGUGAAACACAGUCAACAGUUGAAGAAUUGCUCCAGUCAGCCUACGACAAGUUCAAUAUUCAACUUGACAAUAUUCAAAUUUUGUUGUAUCAUAAAGGAGAGGAUUGGCAAUCUGCCAGAAAAGAAGGAAAGUCAAAAAUGCACAUCUUGGAACCUAUUUCUAUCAACUUGCUAUUUCAAAAAUGCAUGUUUGAUAAUCAAGUACAACUUGCUAAAAUGAAAGCCUUUGGAGAGCUGCCAUUGCUGAGUCUGAGUAUCUCUGACCGCAAACUACAAGCAAUUCUUCAACUCCUUCAGAGUAUUCCUUUUCCUGAAUCUGAACCUCCACCACCAGAAGAAGACAUUUUUAAGGGCCCCAGUCAACUACCAUCUGUAAGUGCAAGCAUUUCGACAGCAAAUUUACAAACACAACCAGAAGCUAAAAAGCCUCUAGUUUCAAGAUCCUCUGCAGACUAUAUCAACCUUACUGAUAUGGAACUGAAAUUUGAAAUCAAAGAGGUUCGACUAAAGAUUGCACAGACAAUAAAGGGCAAAGAACUUCCUCUUUUAGACUUCUUUGUCUUAACUCUUGGUACUAAUGUUGUUCUGAGAACAUUUGACAUGUCAGUCGGUGCAUACCUAGGUGGAAUUUACCUUCAGCAUCAGGAUUUCUCCUCUGAUCCAAAUGGAAAAGUUGUCAAUCUAAUUCACACUCCAAACUCUGAUGAUACAGAGAACAAGUUGUUAAUAUUAGAGUAUCUCAAGGCUAACCUUGAUGCUCCUGACUUCAAAAUAGUUUACAAGAACACUGAACAAUCAAUAUCAGUCUCUUUCUCCAUGCUAGAACUACUACUUGACCAAACUGCAAUAAUUGACCUCAUGCAAUUUGCUCAACAACUAGCACCACCUGAACCCAGUGACUCUGUAGAAAAAUCUCCUGGGCUUUCGCAAUCUGUGAUUACUGAAAAAUCUGCUACAGCUUCGCAAUCUGUUGUUUCUCAAAGUGAUAAAAAAGCAAAAGAAGCUAAAAAAGAACCUGAAAAGAAGCCUGUUGCCAAGAAAAAGGGAAAAUUACGAGACAAAGAAAUCAUCGACAUCAAAGUUACAGCUCAACUUGAUACAAUUACUGUUGGUAUUUCCUCACCAACUCAAAUUAUCACUAAGAUCAAGGUGAAAGGUAUAAAUGCUGAUGUCAGUCUUCAAAUUGACAAAACAACCAUCGGAGCUGAACUGAAGGAUCUUGUUAUCUUAAACUCAGAUGCUCACUGCUAUUAUCCUGAAAUUUUAUCAAUUAAAGGCUCUGAAGUACUGAAAUGUGGAAUUGUUGCUUACAAUGAAGGGACAAAAGAUGACAAAUUCUUUGACAUGUCUUGCGUUGAUACUAGCAUUGAUGUCACUAUAGGAUGUAUGCAAUUUGUCUUCCUUAACAAAUAUGUUAAUCAGCUAUUGGGUUUCUUAAACCAAUUCCAAGCAGCUAAAGAAAAAAUUUCUGAAGCUGGAGAGAAAAUGGCUGAAUAUUCUAAAGAAACUGUGGCCAACUUACAAGAAACUGCCAGUCGAAUUAGUCUAUGCAUCAAAAUGAAAGCACCUCUUAUUCUUGUUCCGCAACACUCAAAGUCUCCCAACAUCUUAUUGGUCGAUCUCGGUAACUUGGACAUCAACAAUAGUUUCCAUUCAGCUGAGGCCAAAUCAGUAGAUGGUAAACCUGCUGUUAUUGACAAAAUGAGUAUUCAACUCACUUCUCUGAAGGUGUCAAGAGCCAUGUUGAAUGAAGAAAAGAAAAUAUGCACAGAAUAUCUUUUACUAGAGCCAGCUACAUUAAGUAUAAAUGUUAACAGGAACUUGUCUGCUGGCUGGUACCAUGGGGAACCAGAUAUGAGUAUUGAUGGCAAACAAUAUGCCUUAGCUCUUUGCCUUAGCCAGUAUGACUAUGCUGUAAUUAUGGCAAUAUUAAACGAAAACUUUUCAGAAGAGCAGCCAGUUGCUUCAGCUAUAACUUCAAAAGACUUGUCUUCAGUGAAGAGUGCUGAAUCUAAAACUACACCUAAGGCUACUGCUUCAAAAUCACAAGUUGAACCAGAAACUAAAGUGCAUACUGGGGAGGUUUAUACCUCUAUGAAGUUCAAGUUUACACUAAACAGUUUAUCAGCAACACUUUACAUGGGAAAAGAUGAAGUGUCAAGCGAAGCUGGAAUAGUGAUGAAACGAGACAGCAAGAAGUGUCUGGGACAUUUUGAGUUACAGGUGUUUGACAUAGACUUUAAUAUGCAGUCAGAUGGCUCGAUGACAGCAAAUAUUAUUUUGAAUAACACCAUUUUAGAUGACAGUCGUCCUGUAAAAGAAUAUGCAAUAAGAAGAAUGAUUCAAAGAUACUCUGCAAGUCAAGUAUCAACACCAGCACAAAAUAUGAUUGAAGUUCAGUUUCAGCAAAACUCCAAAGCAGACAAAGAUGUCACCGUCAAAGUGUGCAACUUGCACAUAUGCGUUUGUUUAGACUAUCUGAUGACUUUAGGAAACUUCUUCACUCAAGGAGCAACAAAAACAGCAAAUGCUUCUGAAUCCAAACGUUCAAUACAAGAUUCGAAAACUUCUAAGACUACAGUGUCUGCAGCUCCUGCAGCUCCUGAAAGACCCACAUCAAAUAUGAACAUUAAUGUUUCAAUAUCACAUCCUGAAAUUGUUCUCAUAGAAGAUCAAUGCAACUCUGAAACUAAUGCAUUGGUGCUCCAUUCAAAUAUUGAUUUUAAAAUGGUGUCCACUCCUGAUACCGCUACAAUGUCAGCUAAUGUCUGUGGCCUUCAGAUUAUAUCAUCAACCUUCAAGAAGAGAGAUAGUGGCAUUCAGAUUCUUAACACCUGUGAAAUCAACUUUCAUAGCAGUGCUCCAUUUAAUGAGGGCCAGCAUAUACAACUUCAAACAACUAAUCUUGUUUUCAGUAUAUCUCCUGCAACUAUACGGACAAUGACUGCUAUUGCUUCUGGUCUUUCUGCACAACCUGCUGAAGACGAUGAAAAAUCUGACAUCAAACCACUUGAAAAUCUCUGGAGUGUUAAACCCAUUUCCGAAUGUGAUUUGUGGUAUCUCAAAACUGAUGACAAAGAAGCUGUUGAAAAUGUUAAUAGCACAGAUGUUGAUACAAUUGUUGCUGCUAGACAUGAACAACUAUUGAUGGAGAUUCCAAAAUUAGUCAUUAAGCUAGAAGGAGGUGUUGGUCAAAGAACAGUUCCAUUGCUUAUAGUGGAAUCUGCUUUUCAAGGUGAAGUUAAAGAUUGGAGCAGUAAGAUGAGUGUUUCAAGUACACUCAGUUUAGAAGUUGCUUACUAUAAUGAAAAACUAGCAGUAUGGGAACCUCUUUUAGAACCAGUUGUCCAGAGCCAAAAGAGAAAGAGGUGGGAUUUAACUGUCGAGGUUGCUGCCAAUGAUGAGGGUAUUCUUAUUGAUGAAGAUAAUGAACCUAUCAUACCUCCAGCUAAGAUGACCAUCAAUGUUCGUUCAACUGAAAAACUUGAAUUGACAAUGAGCAAAACAUGUCUAGAAGUACUCACUAACCUUGGCAAGGCAUUUGGAGAUGCCUACAAACUGGUUGAACCAAGUGCAACAACAUCUGAAACAUUGGCGCCUUACAUCAUUGAGAACAGAACAGGCUUAGACUUGUUACUGAAACUUGACAAUACUUUUGACAUGCCUGCAAAUGCAGAUAGUGGCAGAGUCCGUCUAGCGCACGGAGGCACUUUAGAGCUCACCGCGCGUGAUGAUUCAAUGGAUUCUAAAAGAGGGUCUGUAAUCAAAGCAACACAAGAAGGAGUGGAAUGUAAAAUAUUAUUCCAGGUGGAACAAUUUGGAGCUACAAGAGAAGUAGUCAUCAAACGUGCAGAGAAACGAGGAUUUUAUAUUAAUCAUCAGACAUUUGGUGGUGAUACAUGGACAAUUGUUUGUGAUAUAGUUGCAUCUUAUGGACAAAAACGUAUCACAUUACAAUCUAUAAUACAGGUUCAUAACCAUUUGUCAGUCCCUAUCGAUGUCUUCUACCAAGAAAAUAACAAAUCAGAAAAAUGUGGAACAGUUCAGAGCAAUGAUAAAUUCCAUAUACCAUUGUCUGCAGUUUAUACCAGUACAGCUGAAUUCUAUUUCAGUCCCAACAGCAGCCAGUAUUCUUCCUCCGAAGAACCAAUCAAUUGGAGAGAGGUUGAAGACAAGGGAAUGUAUCAAAUACACUGCAAAUCACCAAAUCGUGAAGAAUCUUAUUUCAUGAAUGUUUGUCCCGAAAUUGAAGAAAUUCGUUUGGAGCAACAAGACAAGGUGGGCGAUGCUAAAAUGUAUACAUUGCAUCUUUGGCCAACUGUUAUUAUUCACAACUUGUUGCCCAUGACUAUUCGCUGUUUACUUGAGAAUACCAGUGAAGAUCUGGAGUUGAAAGUUGGUGAGAACAGUCCACUUUUCAAUGCUUGUAUUGGAACAUCUAAACUGGAAGUGAGAAUUCCUGAAUAUCAAGGCUCUGAAUGGAUUGGGUCUCGUACUCUUGAAAUGAAUAUACCUGAAUUAUCCCAGUGGACAUUCAAAUCUUCUAACAGUGAUUUGGUUAUGGACAUGGGUUUGCAUAACAAAACUGGCAGUGGCAGCCUUGCAAUGACAUUCUACAGCCCUUAUUGGAUGAUAAAUAAAACUGGACAGGAUCUAUUCUACAAAGUAUCUGAGAUAAACCUUUCCAGUUGCUGUUUUGUUGGUGAUAAAUUCCAAGAUCCUCAAUCAUUGUCUACAGAAAGUACUGAUGUAAUAAAACAUCCUUCAGAUUUGAGAGAUGCUAUACUUUUUUCUUUUAAAUCCAAAUCUAAGAAGGUACACAAGGAAAAAGAAGGAAAAGGUUGGGAUAAAGGGGACGAGAAAGAGAAAAAAGAGAAGGACAAAAAAAAUCCCAAAGUGAAGGAGUGGCGCCAACAUGGUAAAGCUUGUCUCCAAGUUGCAGAGUCUGAAUGGUCUGACAAGUUUUCACUGGAUACUGUCGGAAGCUCUGGUACCGUUCAGUGCAAGAACAAAGCUUCUGGAAUCUAUGAAGUUGGUGUUAACAUCCGUUUAUCUUCCUCUGGUUUAACAAAAAUCGUAACCUUCACCCCAUACCAUAUGAUGUUAAAUACUUCAGAGCUAACAUAUUUAGUUCAAGAAAUAACUACUGAACCAUCUAGCUGGAUUGAAAUCCGUCCACAACAAUGUAUACCUUUCUGGCCUCUGACAACAAAGAUCGAAUUGAAAGCCAAAGUUCUUGAUACAAAUGAAGAGACCAAUGUCUUCUCCAUAAACAAACCUCAUUCAACUCUUCUUAAAUUGGACAACAAUCAUGGCGGAAUCAACAUUGAUUGCCAAAUAACAGAAACUUCCUUUAUUACAACACUGACCAACUACAAACUUGGUAUGGCAUCUGUUCUUUUGGUGAACCACACCGAUAGGUGUUCAGUCCAGUUUAGCCAGAAAGAUGUGAAAACCACCCAUAUGCUAGGAUCAGAACAAGCCAUGCUAUAUACCUGGGAAAAUCCUUCAGGAAACAGGGAACUCAUCUGGACAUGUGGAACUACCAAAGAAUUAAAGAAUAAUCUCACUCAGGAUGGAAUUGGAGAAUUCUUUGCAGACAAUGAUACCAAAGUGUAUUGGGUAUCUUUCUUGGAUGGAAUGCAACGUGUAUUAUUAUUCAGUCAAGAUUUAGCUCUGGUUACCAUUGCUCAACAGGCUGGUGAACUUGAGCGAAUUGAACAAGAAAUCAACUUGUUUAUAUUUGGAUUAGGAUUGUCUUUGGUAAAUAAUUACAACCAGACAGAAGUGGCCUAUCUAGGUAUCACCAGUUCUGGUGUUAUUUGGGAGGAAAAGAAAAAACGGUUCAAAGCCUUGAAUUUGAAGUCAUGUGCCUACUUGGAGGAUGGUUACCAAAAAUAUCUCAACGAACUUACUCUAGGUAAUGCAGCAGCUUCGUCUCGCAAGACUUUAGAAAAUAAAUUUGAAGUUGAUUUCAAAGACAUGAUUAUGACUAAACCGAACAAACGCAUCAUUAGACGAAGCUUCCAGGAUGGAAUCUGGUUACAAUAUAAAACUUCUCCUCAUCAACUACAGUUGCAUGCUAAAAUUAAUCGUCUCCAGUUGGAUAACCAAAUCAGUGGAGCAGUUUUUCCAACUGUUUUGGCACCAAUUCCACCUCCAAAAUCUGUAGCAGCUGAUAGUGUUCCUAAACCUUUCACAGAAAUCAGUAUUAUGCAACGAAAACAUGAACACAGCAAUAUUGUUCAAGUCAAAUACUUUAAGGUGCUAAUUCAAGAGAUGUCUGCAAAAGUGGACCAGAACUUUUUGAAUGCUAUCCUUCAGCUAUUCUCAUCUGAUGAAGUCAUUUCAAACACUGAAGAGACCCGUCUGUUCCUUGAAGACUGUAAGAUAACCCAGACAGAGCUUAUUGAUGUGGCUGGUGUGUCUCUUGUUGAAGAACAAAAGAACUUCUAUGACUACUUACACUUCUCACCUAUCAAGAUUCAUUUGAGUUUCUCUCUGCAAGGUGGUGGAGAAGAUGGUCCAGCAGAAAUUAAAUCCAACAUUCUCAAUAUUUUCCUCCAGAGUGUUGGUGUUGUACUAACUGAUGUUCAGGAUGUCGUAUUCAAACUUGGGUAUUUUGAAAGAAAUCACAGUUUUUAUAACCAAAGUCAAUUAAUUGGUCAGAUGAGUCAACACUAUGCUGGACAGGCAAUUAAACAAAUGUAUGUGUUGGUGCUCGGCUUAGAUGUCUUAGGCAACCCAUUUGGACUGUUACGAGGCCUAGGAGAAGGUUUAGAAGAUCUCUUCUAUGAGCCAUACCAGGGUGCCAUUCAAGGACCAGAGGAAUUUGCUGAAGGACUUGCUCUUGGAGUCCGCAGUUUAUUUGGUCAUGCUGUUGGUGGUGCUGCGGGUGCCGUGUCAAGAAUCACUGGAGCUAUGGGAAAAGGUAUUGCUGCCCUCACUUUAGAUGAUGAAUAUCAGAAGAAACGAAGAGAAGCUAUGAAUAAACGCCCUGCCAAUGUCCGAGAAGGUUUUGCACGUGGAGGAAAAGGACUUGUUAUGGGUGUAGUCGAUGGUGUUACUGGUAUUGUACGAAAACCCAUUGAAGGUGCUCAAAAGGAAGGUGUUGAAGGGUUCUUCAAGGGUAUUGGUAAAGGUUUAGUUGGUGCCGUAACUCGCCCGACAAGUGGAGUGAUUGACUUUGCUAGUAGCUCCCUUGACAGUAUACGCAGAAUUGCUGAAAUGUCGGAUGAAAUCCGCCGUUUACGCCCACCACGUCGAUUCCAUAAUGACUUGAUAAUCCGGCCAUACAAUCAUCUAGAAGCUGAAGGCUAUGCAAUUUUACAGGAAACUGAGAAAGGAAUUUAUGCUGCCACUGAUGAAUAUAUUGCUCAUGCUGUUGUAACUAAAGAUGGAAAAAAUGUUCUUUUAGUGACAGAUAAACGUCUCAUAUUUGCUAACCGUGGUGAAAUCUUUGGCCACUGGGACUGUGAGUGGACACACCUUUAUAGUGAACUUAGAGAGGCUCCAAAAUCUCAUGCAAAGGGAAUAGAGAUCAUCUUGAAAGAGAAGGAGAAAAAGAAAUUCUUUGGCAGCAAUCUGCCGAAAAAGGUUGUGAUGAUACAAGAUCAAAAAGUGAAAGAGUGGAUUCUCACCAAGAUCACUGAAGCCAUGGCACGUGCUUAAAGUACUUACCAUGGAUACACAGUCGAAAAGUUAGUCAUAUAUAAGCCUAUCCCUAAAGAGAUUUCGAAAUCAAGUCUCUAAUUGCUGCCUCUGCUGCUGUUUCUUCCAACAGGUCUUUCCUGUUGCUUGCCUUUUGUUUAAAAAAAAAUACACAGAUCUUUGCUCUCCUCAUGAAACUGAAAGGAAAUGUUCCAGAAAUUGCUGCUACUUAAUGCUCAUGCAAAAUUAACUGAGAUUGCUCUUGCUCAAAUAAAUCUACAUGUCUGUGUGUCACUUGUCAAUAUCUUUGCUGAUGAAAAGGAAAGAAAAUCUGUUUGUUUUUCUUCUUUUUCAGUUUUGGAAAAGAUAGUUCUUUAUUUUACAAGUAAAUAUUGUGAUUUGUGUAAAUAGUUAUUUCACUAUUAAAUAAAAUUUUUUAAAAUAGCAAAAAA